CUGAGACUUUAGCCAUAGAACUCUCUCGAACCCCUCGACAACUCACUUUCAUUUCCAUUUAUAUCAUCCCUCUUCUUCACGCAUUCCUUGCAUUCAUUCAUCUCCGCAUUUUCUUCUACUUUUCGAUUUCGCACAUUUCGUAAAUCAUGGACGAAGAUUUCGACAUCCCGGCGACCGAGCCAAUGAACGACGACUUCGACUUCGCCGGCGUCGGUGACGACGAGAAUCUGAUUCUCAAGGUCGGCGAAGAGAAGGAGAUUGGUAAACAAGGCUUGAAGAAAAAGCUUAUCAAAGAAGGUGAAGCAUGGGAAACCCCCGAUGUUGGCGAUGAAGUUCAAGUUCACUACACUGGAACGUUGCUUGAUGGUACUAAGUUUGAUUCCAGCAGAGAUAGGGGAACUCCUUUCAAAUUCACGCUUGGACAAGGGCAAGUUAUCAAAGGAUGGGACCUAGGUAUUAAAACAAUGAAGAAAGGAGAAAAUGCCCUUUUCACAAUCCCAGCUGAACUGGCUUAUGGUGAAUCUGGUUCUCCUCCAACUAUUCCUCCCAAUGCUACUCUCCAGUUCGAUGUUGAGCUGCUGUCCUGGACUAGUGUCAAGGAUAUAUGUAAGGAUGGAGGAUUGUUUAAGAAGAUACUUAAGGAGGGGGAGAAAUGGGAAAACCCAAAGGAUCCUGAUGAAGUUUUUGUUAAGUACGAAGCAUGUCUUGAUGACGGAACACUUGUAGCAAAAUCUGAUGGUGUGGAGUUCGCAGUCAAGGAUGGUCAUUUUUGUCCUGCAUUGUCAAAGGCUGUUAAGACCAUGAAAAAAGGAGAGAAAGUGAUCUUGACUGUGAAGCCACAGUAUGGAUUUGGUGAGAAGGGCAAGCCAGCACAUGGUGAUGAAGGUGCAGUUCCACCCAAUGCAACAUUGCAGAUUGCUCUCGAGUUAGUUUCUUGGAAGACUGUUUCUGAAGUAACUGACGACAAGAAGGUCAUAAAAAAGAUCCUCAAAGAAGGGGAAGGAUAUGAGCGUCCAAAUGAGGGAGCUGUUGUGAAAUUGAAACUAAUUGGUAAGCUGCAAGAUGGCACUGUAUUUUUGAAGAAGGGCCAUAGUGAUGAUGAAGCCGACCUGUUUGAAUUCAAAACAGAUGAGGAGCAAGUGAUUGAUGGGCUGGAUAGAGCUGUAAUGACCAUGAAGAAGGGUGAGGUAGCAUCUUUGACCAUUGCGCCUGAGUAUGCUUUUGGUUCAUCAGAGUCUCAGAAGGAAUUGGCAGUUGUUCCUCCUAAUUCAACCUUGUAUUAUGAGCUUGAGCUAGUAUCAUUCGUCAAGGAUAAGGAGUCCUGGGACAUGAACACUGAAGAAAAGAUAGAAGCUGCUGGGAAGAAGAAAGAAGAAGGGAAUGCAUUGUUUAAAACUGGGAAAUAUGCCAGAGCUUCUAAAAGAUAUGAGAAGGCUGUGAAGUACAUAGAGUAUGAUACUUCCUUUAGUGAAGAGCAGAAGAAGAGUGCCAAGGCUUUGAAGGUUGCUUGUAAUCUGAACGAUGCAGCAUGCAAGCUGAAGUUGAAAGACUAUAAACAGGCAGAGAAAUUGUGCACAAAGGUUCUGGAGCUUGAGAGCACUAGUGUGAAGGCCCUUUAUAGAAGGGCGCAGGCAUAUAUUCAGUUGGCUGACUUGGAUUUGGCUGAAUUUGAUAUCAAGAAAGCCCUUGAGAUUGAUCCUGACAACAGGGAUGUGAAGCUGGAGUACAAGGUUUUGAAGGAAAAGAUGAAGGAGAUUAAUAAGAAAGAUGCAAAAUUUUAUGGGAAUAUGUUCAGCAAAAUGAAAAAGUUGGAUUCACUUGACAAUAGCAAAUCGGCACCAAAGGAUGCGGAACCCAUGAGUAUUGACAGCAAGGCAUAGAGCAAGCACCAUGGAAAAUUUAUCAAAACUAGUUUAUUUGUUUCUCGACAUUUGAUAAUUGUGAUGGAUUUUAAGGGAUGUCAUUUGGGACAGGUUUAGUUAUAUUAUCAUGAAUAGGGAAAGUUAUGUUGAUGAAAUUAGUUACCAAUUAUGCUAGACACUGGAUUCCGCAUUGUGUAGUGGAACCAGUAGACCACAUUCAUGUGCUUGGAUCAUAAUGUUCUACUAUGCGCAAUAUUGAGUUUAAGGAAACAGUUAAAGCAUUUGAAACUUUGAAUUGUCCUGAAUUUUACUGAUCAAUAUACACUCUCUCUUAACUCAA